AUGGCGGACAAUACGCCGAUUGAUAUUAUUCGUUCGCACGACAGUAAUGACUUGGAUUUUGAACACACCUCGCGACAUGGGCAAGACCACAAUGUGCAGUCACAGACUGAACCACAACCUGACGGUGACGAAGACGAGAAAGACAACCGCGCAUUGCCUCCGGACGGUGGAUAUGGCUGGGUCUGUGUCGCGUGCGUCUUCUGGAUCAAUGCGCACACCUGGGGAAUCAAUAGCAGUUACGGCGUCUUUCUCUCCUACUAUCUCUCCCAUGAUGUAUUCCCCAAUACUUCAGUCCUCGCAUACGCCUUCACAGGCGGUCUUAGCAUUUCCUGUGCUUUACUUAUUGCCCCACUCUCCACAUACUUGAUCCAGCUGUGCGGCACACGCAUUGUGCUGAAUCUCGGCGUCUUCUUCGAGACCCUGUCUUUCAUUGGGGCUUCGUUUGCUUCGAAAAAAUGGCAGAUUUUCCUAAGCCAGGGUGUUUGCUUCGGCUUCGGGAUGGGAUUUCUGUUCGUUGGGAGUGUCAGCAUUGCUCCGCAGUGGUUUCUGAAGCGCCGGAGUGUUGCCAUGGGCAUCACGGCUGCAGGAUCCGGACUCGGUGGUUUGAUCUGGUCGCUAGCCGUGGGCGCAAUGAUCCCGCGAAUAGGCUUGGCCUGGACAUUCCGUGUGCUAGGGAUCGUCUCGUGCGUCGUGAAUCUAGUCUGUGCGAACCUGCUUCGAGACCGCAAUAAAGCAAUUGGCAGCCGUCUGACGGCAUUUCACUUCCCACUUCUACGCCGGCCGGAGUUUCUAUCCUUUCUCUGUUGGGGAGUCUUCAGUAUGCUGGGCUACGUAUCGCUGCUGUUUAGCAUGGCCGAUUUCGCACUAUCAAUUGGUCUCUCCUCGCACCAGGCGAGUAUUGUUUCAGCCCUCCUGAAUCUGGGGCAGGGCCUGGGGCGUCCAUUUGUGGGCAUGUUCAGCGACCGCCUAGGCCGCAUCAACAUUGCCACGCUGCUCUCUUUCUGCUGCGGCUUCUUCUGUCUCAUUAUCUGGAUCUUCGCGGACAAUAUGGGCGUCACCUGCUUCUUUGCUGUCUUGGUUGGCACCGUCUCCGGUACAUAUUGGGCAACUGUCUCGCCUGUGCUGGCUGAAAUCAUCGGCCUGCGAGACCUACCCUCCGGUCUCAGCAUUACCUGGCUAUUUCUCGUCGCACCCUGCACCGUUUCCGAACCUAUUGCCUUGGAACUUCGCGCUCACCUUCCCGGCGGUGGAUCAUCCUAUCAACACCUUCAAAUCUUCACGGGAUUUGCAUACAUUGGCGCUUCCUUGUUCCUGUGGAUUGUCCGUGGCUGGAAGGUCGGCGAGCAGGAGCGUGAAGAGCGGCGACGUGAAGCGGCCGUCCAGAGUGGGCCUCUAACGGAAGAGGUUGGUAGUGGUGAAAAGCGAGACCGUCCUGCCACUAUCCUGUCUACUUCCACGUCCACCGCCACUACUAAUGCGCAGUUGUGGGCUCCAUUCGGUCUGGUACGCAGAAUGGUUGCUAUAAAGCGCGUAUGA